GUGAGAUGCUUCCCCAAUAACAAACCUUGGAUCACCAGUGACCUGAAGGACCUGCUUAACAAGAAAAAAAGAGCCUUCAGAGAGGGAGACAGAGAAUUAUUGAGGAGUAUCCACCUUAUUCCUAUCCCCCAUGAUGCCUUGCGCAAUUUAUGGGUACGACUUCCGCCGCCAACUGGAACCGGCUUUUGUUUUCAUGCUAACAAUAGGCACUAAUCUUCCUUUUUCGAGCAUUUGGGGCAAAAAUAUGUGGGAACAUCAGCUGACACAGCUGAAAUGUGGCAGUACUGUUAUACCGCUACCUACAGCUAUCGAGGGAUGGGAGGACGAUCUGAAAAGGUGGCCGCAGAUAACCUACACUAGCAUAUUUAGUUACGUCAUUAACGCGGUUGCUUCAGAUGGCAAAGCGAUGAGUAAUCUUAAAAAGCUCAGAAGCGUAUCAGUAUCUCCAUAGUAAUAAAGUUGGUCGCAUUUUGUUAAAAGAGGUGGGACACAAUCUUCUCUACCUUAAAGCAGACAUAGAGCCCAGCCAAAGCCUUAAAGCACCUUAUCACCGAGCUUGGGUUUUAGUUUCAACAUCAGGUGAAAUUCAGACAGCUGGAUGUUCAUGUGUUGCAGGACAAGGCAGAUCUUGCAGCCACGCUGCUGCAAUACUGUGGAAGGUACAUACUGUUUUUUUGUUUUGUUUUAAUAAUCAUGUUAAUAGCAUUUUGUAUUGACAGUGUAAAAACAUUGUCUAACAUUUUGACUUAAUUUUUGAUUCAGGUUGAGAAUGCAGUCAGACAGGGAAAGACAGGGAUAUCAUGCACUGAUGUACAGAGAAAGUGGAAUGCAGGUACAAGAAAGAAUGCUGAGCUGAAAAGGGUGAAGCACAUACAUUUUAGACGUCAUAAAGCAGACCAGAUUCAUGAAGGCCCAUCUACAUCAACAUUAGAUCCCACAACUGCAUUCUCUUCAGUGAGCAAUCCCACACUUUUCAAGGAUCACAAAGAAUUUAAAAGUUAUAUCAAUUCCUCUGUGAUGGCCCCUCUAUUUCAGCUGCAGACAAACAGUCUUCUUUCAAGGUGCUACGGAGUAAAUAUAGAAAACCAUGAAUCUUCUCAGAGCCAGUGUGACUUACAAAUGCCCCAUACAGAGCACAGCACAACGCUGACCUGCAAGAAAUGCCUCUCUUUUUUUGAGAAAUAUGUUAAACUAAACCCAGCUCAAGUGGAGAAGUUGACACAAGACACCCAGGUACAGAGUGCAUCACAAUUAUGGCACAAUGCAAGGAAGCUACGACUCACUGCUAGUACUGCAAAAAGAGUGCCCAAACGAAGCACUACCAACCCACAAAAAUGCAUAAAUGAACACUUGCACCCCACCUUCAUGGGCAGCAAGGCAACUAAAUAUGGGAAAGAAAAUGAAGACAAAGCCAUACAGCUCAUGGAGGCCCAAGGGCACACUGUAGAGCGGAGGGGCCUGGUGUUGUGUCCUGACCAUCCCUGGUUUGGAGCAAGCCCAGAUGGAAUUUUGGAUUCAGCACAGCUCCUAGAGAUCAAGUGUCCCCUAAAGAGUGCCAUGUCCCUUGCAGAGUUUAUUACUUGUCCAAAUGGUGACAUAAGACGCUUGGAAGGCGGGAACUACGUCAUUCUUCCAAAUGGGCAACAUGGAUACUACCUCCAGGUCCAGCUUACAAUGAUGUGCCUCAGGCUGGAGAGCUGCAAGCUGGUCAUCUGGGCACCAACUGAGCACCUGGAGUUUGACAUUUCAUUUGACAAAGAUUUUACAGAUGCACAAAUGAAGCAUCUUGAAAAUUUCUACUUUUCACACAUGCUUCCAACAUUAGUCAAUGAAUUUGCUGCAAAGAAAAUUCAGCUGUGACCAAAAUACCUCGAUCUCUUGAAAAUACACUAGGCAAAUAACUGGUUUUAUGUGUAGUACAUUCCCAAAAUGCUCCAAACACUAGAACAUUAAAAAAUAAACAGAAAAAUCCUCCAGACAUAUUAGGACAUACAAUCCGAUUAGACAAAAGUACUUUAUUAAUCUCCAAUUGGAAUAUUGUAUAUUACAACAGAGAAAAAAUAUUUCUUAUAUCUAUAUGUAUUUCUUAUAUAUGUAUUCUUAUAAGAAUACAUAUAUGUUAAUAAGUGACGGUAUGAACACAAGAAUCACAAAUACUUUAAACAUUUUUUUAGUUCCUAGUUCAAUAACAGGUUGAAAGGUUAAGAAUUUUGUUUAGCUUUAACACAAAUAUUGCACUUUAAAAACUAUUCAGCAUAUUACCAUAUUAGAGUUGUGUUAACGUUAUUGUAAGUAAAUUGGCAUAUCAAAUGUUUGAGGUAAUGUUCAAUAAAAGAAGUACAUCUAAGAGCAAUAUUACAUUUCUUUUCACUUUUCACUUGAAAUAAGCUCAGCUCUUAAAUUCACUAAGCCUGCACAAAUCCUGAGCAUUUUGUCAAUUUUAGGCACCAAGUUAAUUGGCACCGUUUGAGACAGAAUCUUGUACACCUUGAGACGCCUUAUUGCUCGUUCAACGUGAAUUCGGGCGUGUGCAAUGUGGCGUGUGCGAGUGACUUCCUCGUUGGCCAGCUGGCAUCCUUUGCGUGUGAAUGCUGGAAUGAUAAGAUUCACACCACGCUCCUCCAGCAAGUCCCUAACUGUGAAACCACAGUCACCCAUUACCUCAUCUCCAGCACGUAAAUAGUCCAGAAACCCUGAGUUCUGUGUAAUGUACCUGUCACUGCAUUUGCCACCAUAAGCAUCUGAAAUAAACAUGAUAAGCCCUUAGGGAGAAACAGCCACUAAAUAUUUCACUGUGUUGUUGGCAUAGUAGUGACUGUAUGAUUCACUUCUGGAGUCCAGAUUUUUAGCUUUCUGCAAAACUGUCUCUGUGCAGUCAAUUACACAGGUUGUGUUAGCAAAGUGCUCCCUAAAAGCUUUUGGCAAUGUUGCUUUGAUAGUUUCACGGGGCAACCAGAUAACGAGGUCCUUGGUGUGCUCAGACAUUAUGUCUAUCCAGAUUCCAAUAGUUUUACUGACCUGACCCUGUGACAGUUUAAACUGCUGCGCUAAAUCUGCCAUGACAAAGUUUUGUCUUAGCUUCAUUAAAGUAAUUAGAAUUUGGUCCACAACAGGCACUGAUGAGGAAGCUGGAGCAAAUGGCUGAAGGCAAGACACAAGUGUGAGAAACUCAAUGAGUGGAAUCCCUCUAUAUAGGAGAGAGUCCUCAUCAGUCUGCAAAACACUUUCUGAAACAGAUUUAGGCAAUGCUGGGGAUGGUGCACUCAUUACACAUGAGAUUGUGGGCCCUGAGAGUAGCUGUGGUCGUCCAUCCCAGGGCAUGACCAUUGUGUUUGGGCAUCACAGGAUGGCUCCAGUGUUGUACACAGCUCCUCACUCUUGUCAAGCUGAUCUGAUGAUAAAAAUACAGCAAAAGAUAUUGAAGAUGAGUCAAAUUAGGGUUUUCCCUAUUAUCUCUCAUAUAUAUAUAGACACACACACACACACAUUUUAGUUACUGCAUUUAUGCCUAACCCUGACAAAAGUCUAGUAAACAUACCAGAAAAUUUCCUAAAUAGAUAACAAGUACACACAUACACACGCGUCUAUAUACACAUUUACACAGCAAAUAGUCAUAUUAAACGACAUCAUUGCCGGUAAAAUGCUAUAAUCCGUCUCCUUACACAAGAAG